CUUCCUCGAUCUUCGCAUAUCCAAUAUACUACAACUACGAACUAGUACAUCUUUACUCAUCAUCAUCAUGAAUAAUACUUGUUUGUUAUUGUUUUCCUUAUUUUUUACUAUUAUUAUUAUUGUCUCGGGUCAAUCUGAUAAUUACAUAAUCCAUAUGGAUUUAUCAGCAAUGCCCAAAGUCUAUUCCGAUCACCAUUCCUGGUACACAGCAACCUUGUCCUCAUCAGCUUUGUCAUUGUCUUCUAAGAACAUCAUCUACAGCUACACUCAUGUCAUGAAAGGCUUCAGCGCGAGUCUCUCGGCUGAGGAACUCAGAGCCAUAAAGAACGCGCCGGGCUAUGUUUCGUCGAUCAGAGACUUACCUAUAACAGUCGACACCACACACUCGUCCCAAUUCCUUGGCCUCAAUCAAGUUUCCGGAGCAUGGCCGGAAUCACACUACGGGAAAGACGUAAUAAUUGGGUUGGUGGACACGGGUGUUUGGCCCGAGAGCAGAAGCUUCAGCGACGAGGGAAUGUCCGAGAUUCCGACCAGGUGGAAAGGAGAAUGCGAGAGCGGGACCCAGUUCAACUCCUCCUUGUGCAACAAAAAAUUGAUCGGAGCGCGGUUCUUUAACAAAGGACUACUCGCCAAGUUCCCCAACGUUACGAUUGAGAUGAACUCCCCGCGCGACACCGAAGGCCACGGGACACACACUUCGUCGACGGCCGCCGGGAGCUACGUGAACGGCGCCUCGUAUUUUGGAUAUGCCGAGGGGACCGCUAGAGGGGUGGCGCCGCUGGCCCGGGUGGCGAUGUACAAGGCCUUGUGGGAGGAAGGGUCUUACACUUCGGAUACGAUAGCAGCUAUUGAUCAAGCGAUAACGGACGGUGUAGAUGUGAUAUCCUUAUCGUUUGGGCUAGAUGGGGUUGCUUUGUAUGAGGACCCCGUGGCAAUAGCCACCUUUUCUGCUCUUGAAAAAGGUGUUUUUGUCUCCACCUCAGCGGGAAACGAAGGACCCUUCUUCGGAUUCCUGCACAAUGGGAUUCCUUGGGUUUUAACUGUUGCGGCCGGUACGGUUGACCGAGAUUUUGCCGGAACACUCAAUCUCGGGAAUGGAGUUUCUGUCUCGGGCUCAUCUUUAUUUCCAGGGAAUUCGUCCGAAGCCCAGAUUCCGAUUAUCUAUAUGGAUAAAUGUGACAAUGUAAAGCAGCUGAAGAAAGUCAAGCAUAGAUAUGUCGUUUGUCAAGAUAGGAACGAUUCCUUAUCGGACCAAUUGAGUAACGUGGAGGACGCUAGCAUAGCUGGAGCCGUUUUCAUUACCAACAACACCGACUUGGAGUUCUACACCCAAACCUCAUCAUUCCCGGCCAUCUUUCUUAACUUGAAAGACGGGGAAAUCCUCAAAGAUUAUAUCAAGACUGACUCGGAACCAAAAGCAAGUAUGGAAUUUCACCAAACAGUUCUCGGUACCAAACCAGCCCCUAAGGCAACUAGCUACACUUCUCGUGGACCUUCGCAGAGCUGUCCAGUGAUCUUGAAGCCGGACAUAAUGGCACCGGGAUCGCUUAUUUUGGCUGCGUGGCCGCCAAACAAUACAGUUGCUACGGUAAAAAACCGUCGACUUUUAAGCUCUUUCGCACUGUUGUCCGGAACAUCUAUGGCGUGUCCCCAUGCUGCGGGGGUGGCCGCGCUUAUUAAAGGAGCACGCCCCGACUGGAGCCCCGCUGCUAUACGUUCAGCUAUGAUGACCACCUCGGACAACUACGACAACACUCUUGGCCCCAUCAAAGACAUAGGCUUCGGAGAUGAACCAGCCAGCCCGCUAGCUAUGGGAGCAGGCCAUAUUAACCCCAACAAGGCUCUCGAGCCAGGGCUCAUUUACGACGUAGAACUGGAAGAUUAUGUUAAUCUUCUUUGCGCGUUAGACUAUACAGAGAAGCAUAUUAAAAUCAUUACCAAGUCCGCCUCGGUGAAUUGCUCGACCCCGUCGUCUGAUCUUAACUAUCCAUCGUUUAUAGCGUUCUUCAAUAGAAAUGACUCGGAAUCGGAUUUGAAAACGGCAGCUCAGGAGUUUCGAAGGACUGUGACGAAUAUAGGCGAGGGAAAGUCAACGUACGUGGCAAGUGUGAGUCCCAUGAAGGGGUUCAAGGUUAGUGUUAGCCCGGAGAAAUUGGUGUUCCAAGAGAAGAACGAGAAGCAAAGCUUCAAAUUGAGCAUAGAGGGUCCGAGAAUGUUGAAAGAAACAGUAGUUUUUGGAUACCUGAGUUGGAAGGACAACGAAGACAAACAUGUGGUCCGAAGCCCCAUAGUGGCCACAAGCCUCAAUUCAACCGCAUUGUCUUAAGAGGUUAUAAUAAUAUGAGAGUAAGCUGUAUUUAUUAACUGUAAGGUUGUCAAAUCUCUCUACUACAAAAUAAUUUAAACAAACAUUUCAUCAUAA